GUUCCUCACUUCUCACUCUCUCGAGUCAAAGAACAGAACAACAAGCCUCCUCUACAGCCAUGUCUGUUUCAUACGCUCGUAGUCAAAUGUCCUCUGGAGGAUCCAAGGGAGGAUCCCGCUUGUCCAUGUCCGCUGUUGGUGGUGGUGGCGGCAGUCGUAUGUCUAGCCAGUAUGCAGGCAGCAUGCAUGGGGGAGCUGGAGGAUAUGGGACACGUAUCUCAAGCUCCUCUGCUUCUCGUUCCUACUCUUCUGGAGGUGGUGGUGGAUUCGGAGGUGGUGCUGGUUUUGGUGGCGGUGCUGGUUUUGGAGGUGGUUUUGGUGGUGGUUUCGGUGGUGGUGCUGGCUUCAACCAGUCUGAUGCAUUUGAUGUGUCCGCAAAUGAGAAAGCCACCAUGCAAAACCUCAAUGACCGUCUGGCCUCCUACCUGGAGAAGGUGCGCUCUCUCGAGAAGGCCAAUGCUGAUCUUGAACUGAAGAUCCGGCAGUUCCUGGAGAGCAAGACGAGCCCCUCUGCUCGUGACUACAGUGCCUAUUAUGCUACAAUCAGUGACCUCCAGAACAAAAUCCAGGAUGCCACUCGUGUUAAUGGAGGCAUCUAUCUCAGCAUUGACAACGCCAAGCUGGCCGCAGAUGACUUCAGGGUCAAAUAUGAGAAUGAGCUGAGCAUGAGGCAGUCUGUAGAGGCAGACAUUGCUGGCCUGAGGAGGGUGCUGGAUGAGCUGACAAUGGCCAGAUCUGACCUGGAGAUGCAGAUUGAGGGUCUAAAAGAAGAGCUGAUCUUCCUCAAGAAGAACCACGAGGAGGAACUCUUGGCAGCGCGAGCACAGAUGAGUGGACAAGUCAACGUAGAGGUUGAUGCAGCACCACAGCAAGACCUGUCAAAGAUCAUGGCAGAAAUCCGUGAUCAAUACGAGGCUGUUGCUGCCAAGAACCGCAAAGAACUUGAGGCCUGGUUCCAGACUAAGACCGAAAACCUCACCAAAGAAGUCACUGUAAGCACAGAAGUCCUUCAGUCAACCAAAACAGAAAUCACAGAGCUGAAACGCACACUCCAGGGUCUUGAAAUCGAACUUCAAUCACAACUCAGCAUGAAAGCGUCACUGGAAGGCACUUUGGCAGACACACAGGCCCGCUACGCCUCCAUCUUAAACGGUUACCAAAAUCAAGUGACCAGCAUGGAGCAGCAGCUGGUGCAGCUUCGUGGUGAUCUGGAGCGUCAACGGCAAGAGUAUCAGAUGCUCCUGGACAUCAAGACCAGACUGGAGAUGGAGAUUGCAGAGUACAGAAGACUGCUGGAUGGAGAGGCCUCUGGUGUUCAAACCACACAAUCCUCAUCCUCAUCCUCAUCUACACGCAAAGUGAUCACCUAUGUAGAGGAGGUGAAGGACGGCAAAGUGAUCUCCUCCACCCAGGCUGUGACCAAGUGAGAUUUCAGACAAGAACAACCAGCACAACAACUCUUGAGAUGAAGCAACCCAACUCAGAGUGAUGAAAAAUGAAUAAACUGGUUUAAAUGUA